AAGUUGGGCAUGACCGAAGUUGGGAGGCAGGAGGCGUGGAGAGCGUGUAUCACUCAGCUGUCAUCGCCACCCACUGCUCCUUCCACUCUUCUCGAUACUCUUCCUUGAAAUAUAUUGCUACAAGUAAAGAUGGUUGUGCGUCAGUAUAAUGAAGAGCUGAAAUUCCUUGAAAAAUUGACUCCCAAUAGUUGGCGCAUCAAGAAGGGUUUCCAGCCAAAUAUGAAUGUAGAAGGGAUAUUUUAUGUAAAUGACCAUCUUGAAAAAUUAAUGUUUGACGAGUUGAGGAAUGCUUGCCGUCCAGGAUCAAUUGGAGGCUUUUUACCUGGUAUGAAGCAGAUUGCAAAUGUUGCUGCUCUUCCUGGCAUUGUUGGAAAAUCUGUUGGUUUGCCUGAUGUUCACUCAGGAUAUGGCUUUGCUAUUGGUAAUAUGGCAGCUUUUGACAUGGAUGAUCCAAAAUCAGUUGUCUCUCCUGGUGGUGUUGGAUUUGAUAUAAAUUGUGGAGUCCGCCUGUUGCGUACGAACCUUACUGAAGCUGAUGUUAAUCCCAUCAAGGAGCCGUUAGCGCAGUCUAUGUUUGACCACAUCCCAGUAGGAGUUGGUUCAAAGGGUAUUAUUCCCAUGACUGCACGCGAUUUAGAGGAAGCCCUCGAGAUGGGUAUGGAUUGGUCACUCAGAGAAGGUUAUAUUUGGGCAGAAGAUAAGGAGCAUUGUGAGGAGUAUGGGCGUAUGGCACAAGCAGACCCAGCUAAGGUCUCCAUGAGAGCUAAGAAGAGAGGCUUACCUCAGGUAUGACUUAGCUUGAUAUAU